AGCGCGCGGCCGCGGCUCGGCCGGGCCUGGUCACCAUGGGCGACGACAUGGACCUGAUUCCCGAGCGCGACAUGAAGGAUUUUCAGUUCAGAGCGCUGAAGAAAGUCCGAAUUUUUGAUGCUCCCGAUGAGCUCCCCAAAGAGCGUUCCAGUCUCCUUGUUGUGUCUAACAAAUAUGGGCUGGUCUUUGCUGGUGGAGCAACUGGCCUGCAGGUCUUCCACACCAAAAAUCUUCUUAUGCAGAAUCAAGCAGGAGAAGAUCCCAAUAAAAUUGUUGAGAAUGUUCAAGGCAUACUGGUUUCUAUGAAAUUUCCUGUGCAUCACCUGGCUCUGAGCUGUGAUAACCUCACACUGUCUGUGUGCAUGACCUCCAAUGAGAUUGGUUCCUUCGUUGGCUUUUUUGAUGUCCGAACAUUUUUAAAUCAGGCUAAACAGCAGAAACGCCCAUUUGCUUAUCAUAAGUUAGCCAGAGACACGGGCAGCAUGGCAACUGUCAGCGAUCUGAAAUGGAACCCUACUAUCCCCUCCAUGGUGGCCAUCUGUCUGUCCGAUGGCAGCAUCUCUGUCCUGCAGGUCACAGACUCUGUGAAGGUCUAUGCCACUCUUCCUUCCUCGGUGGCUGUUACAUCAGUAUGCUGGAGCCCCAAGGGAAAGCAGCUGGCUGUCGGGAAGCAGAAUGGCACUGUGGUUCAAUAUCUGCCUAGUCUGCAGGAGAAAAAAGUAAUUCCUUGCCCUCCGUUUUAUGAGUCGGAUAAUCCUGUCAAAGUCCUGGAUGUACUGUGGGUUGGCACAUACGUCUUCACUAUAGUGUAUGCAGCUGCUGAUGGGACCCUGGAAACAGCUCCUGAAGUGGUGAUGGUCACAUUACCAAAAAAGGAAGAGAAACGACCAGAGAAGUUUGUGAAUUUCAUGGAGCCCUGCUAUGGUAGUUGUACUGAGAGACAACAUCAUUAUUUUCUCAACUAUGUUGAGGACUGGGAUCUAGUCCUAGCAGCUUCAGCAGCUUCCACAGAAGUCAGCAUCCUUGCCAGACAAGGAGACCAGAGCAACUGGGAAUUAUGGGUUCUGGAAGACUCCAGCAGAGCAGAACUUCCUGUGACAGAUAAGAGUGAUGACACCUUACCAGUAGGUGUGGCCAUCGAUUAUACCAGUAACAUGCCUAUACCAAUCAGUGAUGAGAAUACGCUUGCGCCAGCUCCUGUUCUGAUCUUGCUGUCCACGGAUGGAGUGCUCUGUCCAUUCUAUAUGAUUAAUCAAAACCCAGGUAUCAGAUCACUCAUCGUGACCCCAGAGCCUCUGUCAAUAGAAGGGGAGAGAGCAUCAAAGUCGGCAGGAAGCGCUGCCACCACCCCGACCACCUCUCCUACUUCAAAGCUGGAAGCCACUCCGGCUAUUGCUUCUGCUUCCUUGGCCUCGACUCUGCCUCCUGCAGGUGGUGCAGCUGCCAACUUUUCCUUCACCGCUUCCACAGUAAAGGCACCUGGCUCAACAUCAGGGGAUCCCCCACCAUAUCCCUUUGCAUCAGAUGUGUCCAAGCAAGCCCCGGGUUCCAGUUUCACUGGAGCAGCUGCAUUCUCUUUCUCGUCCGCUUCUUCCAAAGCUUCCACGACUCCUUCCCUCUCUGCAGGCCCCAUGGCCACUUCUGCUGCCUCCUUCUCUUUUGGUUCUACAAAUUUUAAGCCGACUACAGAGAGCUCACCUGUGCCACCACUGUCUGCUGCACCCAUUGGACAGAAGCCAUGUUUUACCCUUUCAGCUUCUACUGUUAAAGUAAACCUCAAUGAGAAGUUCACUGCCGUAGACAUGUCUACUCCUACUAGCAGCAGCAGUCACAACAGCUCUGCAAUGUUUUCAUUCUCCACCUCGAAGCCUAUUUCUUCAGGAGGCCCUGGAAACCAGACUGCACCCCUGCCAGUCUGCACCCCUGCCCCUCCCCUGAAGGCUUCAACCCCUGCACCUACAACAAUGACACGCCCUGCUCAGAACACACCUCCAGCUUCUAUGCUACAGAAGGCUGCUAAGAUCACCCCUUUUGCAACAAAAUCAAGCUCCAAUCAGGGCAAGUCAGUUCCACCCAGCACUGGGUUGGAGAAACAGGUUCACCAAUGGAAGGAAUCAGAUCUGGUCAUUGCAGGAAUCAGAGAGGAGAUUGCACAUUUCCAGAAGGAGUUAGAUGAGCUGAAAGCGCGAACCUCCAAAGCCUGUUUCCAGGUGGGUACGGAGGAGGAGAAGAAGAUGCUGAGGAUAGAGUCUGAUGAUCUUCACACCUUUCUCCUAGAGAUCAGAGAGACAACAGAGUCCCUUCAUGGAGAUGUCAGUAUGCUGAAGACGAGUCUGUUGGAGGGAUUUGCAGGAACAGAAGAGGCUAAAGAACAGAAUGAGCGCAAUCAUAGUUCUGGAUAUUUACGUUUGCUCUACAAGAAACCCUUGGACCCUAAGAGUGAAGCACAGCUUCAGGAAAUUCGGCGCCUACACCAAUAUGUGAAGUUUGCUGUUCAGGAUGUGAAUGAUGUUCUGGAUUUUGAGUGGGACCGGCAUCUGGAAGAGAAGAGGAAACAAAAGCGCCUGGUAGUUCCUGAGCGUGAGACUUUGUUUAACACUCUUGCAAACCAUCGUGAAAUAAUCAACCAGCAGAGGAAGAGGCUCAAUCACCUGGUGGACAGUUUGCAGCAGCUCCGCCUGUACAACCAGACAUCUCAGUGGCAUGUCCCCAGUGACACUUCUUCUCAUAGUAGUGCUCAAAGUUCUGACAGUGACCUUGAGAGCCUGCGAAAUGCCUUGAUGAAAACGACCUUGGAAUCGCAUGUCAAGCCCCUUCCAAAAGUACCUGCUAAAUUGUCCCCAGUGAAACAGGCGCAGCUGAGGAAUUUUCUAGCCAAAAGGAAGACUCCUCCCGUGAGAUCUACUGCUCCAGCUAGUCUCUCCCGGUCAGCCUUCCUGUCAACAAGGUUCUGCGAAGAUUUAGAUGAAAUCAGCUCAACGUCUUCCAUUUCCCAGUCACUGGAGAAUGAGGAUUCACCAGUUCUGGAGCAGGAAGAGGAAGUUGCUCCACUCCAGGUUUCACGACAUGCGCCUGUGGUCCGUACUGCCUCCGUCCAGCCUGGCCUGCUGACACAGUCUCCACCAUUGGGUAAACCACAACUCUCCAUGGGCACUUUAAUGCCCAUGUCUUCAACCAAAAUCAUUCCACCAGGGGCAGAUAGUACAAUGCUUGCAACAAAGACUGUGAAACAUGGGGCCCCCACUCCCACCGUUACCGUUCCUGCACCACAAGCAGCUGCUGCUGCAGCACUAAGAAGGCAGAUGGAAAACCAGAAUCCAGCUGUGAGCACUUCCCUGACUGAAUCGACACUGAAGAAUGUCCCUCAGGUGGUGAACGUGCGGGAACUGAAGAACAGCGCCUCAACACCCGCUGUUUCAGCAGUAAUCGGAUCGUCUGUACCUCACUCUGCAGCCCAAGCAGUUCACCAGGUUUUGGCCACAGUUGCUACAAAUCAAGCGAAGCAGGGGCCUCUAACAAGUUCACUUAAAGCACAGUCUCCACCUGUGUCUGCCUCCAUACCAUGCACCACCCCCGUCACAGCUGGUCAGACACCUGGCAGCAAAAUUUCAGGGGCAGGGACUGUAAAACCAGCUGCAACUGUGACCACUUCUGCAGUGACAUCCACUCCAGCCACAGCUGCCCAGUUUAACAAGACAUUCUCAUUCCCAUCUCUGGGGGCUGGGUUUAAUUUUGGUGCAUCAACUGCAGCAGCAUCAGCACCACCCAUCCUGGCUGCCUCUCAAGUGACAGCGCCUGCUAAAGAGUUGAGCCAGCCUGAUUCAUUUUCCACUGCUGGGGGCUCUAAAUUUGGAACCGUUCCCGAGAGCUCCUUUACAUUUGGGUCCAUCAAACCAGCUGGUGUUUCAGGAGCCUCCACUUCUGUAGAUGCUGCACAGACCAACAGCAAACCUGCCCCAACGGCUACUUCAGUUCCCCCCGUGACUUCUGGCAAAAUGGAAACCCCUCCAUCAAAGCCUGGAGAUCACUUGUUUCAGAGUAAUCCAGCCGGAGAAACUCUUGGGAGCUUUUCAGGUCUAAGGGUUGGUCAGGCAGAUGAUAAUGCCAAAGUCAGCACUAAAGCUCCAUCUACCAGUGUUGUUGGUGCGCAGCCUCCUAAGGCCUCCACAGUGCCUUCAGGAUUUACCUUUGGCAGCUCUCUUCAGCUAGGGAAACCUGUUGAGGCUGCUGCUUCCACAUCUGUCCCAACCACUAGUCCAGCAUCCACAUCAGUCAGCACGAACGCCACAGGCAACAUAUUCGGUAAUGUCCAGUUAACCAAUGCAGGUGCUUCUGGGGUGUUUAGUCUUGGAGGAGCUUCGAAUAGCAGUAAGCCCAGUUUUUCAUUUGGUAUUCAACAAGCCACCAGUACGAGCACGUCUACCCCUGCGCCAGCAACCCUCUCAGCUUCGACAUCCCUGUUGUUUGGAGCUCUUUUGAGUUCAGCACCAGCUGCUGUCCCUUCUGCUGCUUCUGGUAAAAGUACAGGGGACAUCAAGUUACCACCCGUGUCUGAAAAGCCACCUGAAAGUGAAGUGCUGCCACCUGGGCCGGCACCUUCAUGUUCUCAAUCACAGCCACCCCAACCACAGGCUCAGCUGCCUGAUUCUGUUAAAGAAACUGCCGUAUCUUUAGCUGCUGCAGGAGACACGAACAUUACAGGUUUAAGCACUGUUUUGGUGACACCUUCCACAGAAGCAGCUUCUACAGUUGCCUCUGUUAGUGACCCCAAGGUGGUGACGGCAGUGGUUCCUCCUGUCUCUAGCUCUGCCCCAUUGGAUCAAAAUGCCUCGGUCACCACGUCUACAGCAAAUGUUGCUUCUGCAGAGACAACAGGUUCUUUGGCUUCUGCCUCUGACGUUGGUACAUCUCUCCCGAGUCCAGCUGUAGGUACCUCUGCAUUUGUGGCUGCCUCUUCAGGUUCCUCAGUUUUCUCUCAGCCUCCCAACUCCAGUUUGUCUGGUUCUGCAUUUAGUCAACCUGCUAGCGAAACGGCAACCACCCCUUCCACUCCUCCUGCUUUUGGGCAGCUGUCAGCAACAACCACAACAUCAUCUCUGUUCAGUCAGCCCGCAGGCGGCGCACUCUCCACCACUGCAGCCACUACCCAGGUGGCUAGCUCAGGUUUCAGUACGUCCACAUUUGGCUCUGCAGCAGCUGGUGGUUUUGGUCAGCCAGCAUUUGGACAGGCACCAACCUUUGGGCAGCCAGCAAGCAGUUCUUCAAGUGGUUUCACUUUCAGUCAGACUGGGUUUGGAACAAUGCCUGCCUUUGGCCAGCCGGCUUCAUCCACUGCAGUGUCAAGCAGCGGAAAUGUUUUUGGAGCCCCCUCUAGUACCAACAGUGCCAGUUCCUUUUCCUUUGGUCCCAGUAGCGGGCUGUUUGGGCAAAGCAGCGCACCUGUUUUUGGGCAAAGUACUGGGUUUGGACAGGGUGGAUCAGUCUUCGGUAACACUGCUGCUGCCACCACCACUACGUCAUCGGCUGGAUUCAGCUUCUGUCAAGCCUCAGGUUUUGGUUCCAGCAACACAGGUUCUGUGUUUGGACAGGCAGCCAGCCCUGGAGGCACUGUCUUUGGCCAGCAGCCAUCCUCUUCCAGCGGAGGCUUGUUUGGGUCUGGCAGUGGUGGGAGAAGUGGAGAUUUCUUCAGUGGCUUGGGAGGAAAACCAAGCCAGGAUGCAGCCAAUAAGAACCCGUUUGGUUCCUCUGGUGCAGGAUUUGGAUCUACAACUUCCCAGAAUACCUCUAGCUUAUUUGGAAACAGUGGAGCCAAAACCUUUGGAUUUGGUACCUCAACUUUUGGAGAGCAGAAACCUACAGGCACUUUCAGCUCUGGAGGCGGGAGUGUGGCAUCUCAAGGUUUUGGGUUCUCUAGUCCAACCAAAGCAGGUGGCUUCGGUGCUGCUCCAGUGUUUGGCAGCCCUCCCACUUUCGGGGGAUCCCCUGGGUUUGGAGGGGUGCCAGCAUUCGGUGCAGCCCCAACCUUUUCAAGCCCUCUGGGCUCGACGGGAGGCAAAGUGUUCGGCGAGGGUACAGCAGCAGCCAGCGCCGGAGGAUUCGGUUUUGUCGGCACCCCUAACAACACGGCAACCUUUGGCACUCUGGCAAAUCAAAACACUCCUACGUUCGGGUCGCUGUCCCAACAGAACACUGGGUUUGGCUCACAGAGUAGUGGAUUCUCUGGCUUCGGGUCAGGCGGAGGAGGGUUUGGCUUUGGAUCAUCUAACACAUCCUCCUCUGGGUUUAGCGGCUGGAGAAGCUGAGAAGAUGUUGAGUCACACUUCCUCCAUUGAGCCUUGCCACAGUCCCUCUGUUCGCAGAUACUCCUUGUGUACAAACCUCGGAACAGCUUUCUUUUUAAGUGCAGAUUCUCUGGCAUCUUUUUUUUUUAAAAAACACCUAAUAAUGCUUAUUUUAUAAGAAUGUCUGUCUGUUGUUAUAAUGAUGUUUGUUCAUUAAAACUGUUUUAUCUGCCUCC